CCAACUGGAGUGUAUUUGGGGAAGGUUGCUCUUGCCUGUCACCUUUGUCUAAUCCUGCGUGGUGACUGUCAUCCUCAGAUUAAAAAUUGCAGUGUUUCCUGUGAGGCAUGUUGUACCAAGUUGGGCUGCGUAACUCACCUUUGUUUUUUUUCCUUCCCUUUCCUUCUUUAUUCCCUUUUUUGCUUUUCUCCUCCAGCUGUGCUCCCUGUGUCUUCAGCCUUGAGUGUUACUGCUGCCUUAGGGCAGCCUGAACCUACCCUUCCCCCCACUCCUUACCCGCUGGCACCGCCCCCUCAGUGCCCCCUACCGACCCCUUGCCAGCCUUCCCCUUUCCUUUCUCCUUCUCCCAUUGCCUCAGUAACCCCUUUUGAAAGACCUUUUCCCCAGUCUUCCUCUGAGACAACCGUUCCUUUGGGGGCUAUCCCUGAUACCCCAGUUUUCCUGCCGAACCUAAUAGGGCCUCCCAUCUCCCCAGCUGCUUUAGCUCUGGCCUCUCCCAUGAUAGCUCCAACACUGAAAGGUGCCCAUUCCUCUUCAGCGCCCUUGUCUCUGGCAGCCUUGGCUCCCCACUCAGUCCAGAAGAGUGCUGCUUUUCCACCUCGCCCUCUCGGUUCACCUUCAGUCACUGUAGCUAACCCAGGGGCCAUGAAAUCUCUGGCAGCUCCCACUGCUUCCUCAGAACCAAAGCCCUCUCCUGUUGAAGUUUCCUCUCAAGUAGACCCUAAUCCAAAAGGUACCCCCAUGCCUCCAGGUAUAGUCAGUGCUGUUCCUUCCCAUUUUGUGUCUCCUGUAGCCUCUGUUCAAUCUGGAAUGUCCUCCUGUUUUCAGACCCCACCCACCACCCCUCUCGCCAUCACGUCCCCUCAGGUCAAAGGCAUCCCUGCUUCCUCAGCUCUGACUUCUCCACAAAAUCCUGUAAGCCUCAGUCUUCAGGGACCCCUUAGCCCACCUGCUGCCUUGUCUCUUUCAGUCCAGCCUAGUCCUGUAACUCCCGGCGCCCCUCCGGCUUUUCUCACUUCUCUGGACUCUCAUUCUGCAUCGCUGCGUCAGAGUUCUCUUGGCUCUUUGGCCUGGUCAGAUCCUACAGUGAAUACUGUUUCUGUAGAUCAUUCUUCCGUGCGGGCCUCUGGGGCCUCACACCCUUCUCAGAGAUCUGUAAUUCCUCCCUUUCCUUCCAGAAAUGUGGUUCCUGCUGCUGUGGCUACUGUUGCAGUGGGGGCUCCGGCUUCCCCUCUGGCUCUCUCUGUUGACAAAGGCUCCUCUGCUAUCACUAGCGUAGCCACCAACAGCCCUUCUGGUUCCUUGGAUGUAGCUGACACUUCAUCAUUGUCUCCUACAGCCUCUCUCAUCAAAGGUUCUCCUAAUGCCACACAUAAGUCUUCGGUGGCCCAGAUUCCUGCUACUUCAGGUAGUUCUAGCCUGACAGAAAUUCCUGUUUCUUCUGUUGGAACCACCCCACUUGUGAUGACUAACCCCUCUACAGUAGCUCCUUGUGUCUCUCCUCCAAUUUCAUCAGGUCUCAUAAACAGUAAGGACUCCACUUCUCAUGCUGCCUUGGUUUUGGCGCCUGUGACUGCCAAAGAGCUACCUACUCCUCAAAUAACACCUACUCUGGGCCUGUCAGUCUCUCCCCUGCCAUCCCCUGAGGAUUCCAAAAGUCUCCCUGCUUCAGUGUUGGUGAAGUUCCCAACACAGAAAGAUGCACAAGCUGUACCUGCAUCUCCUGUGGGAGCCCCUAUUUCACCCACCCAGGCAGGAACCCCUACCAAGAAAGAACCUACUUUACUGCCACUAGCCCUGGCAACCGCUAAACAUCCCCCCUCUCCCCAAAAUACAUCAUCUCUGGAGCUCUCUCCUCCUGAAGCCGUGUUAGCAAAGAAGGGCCUUGUAGAAACUCUCCCUAUAGUUAAGCCAGCCAGUGCUGCUCCCUCUCUCGCAGAUGUUACCUCCCCAACAUCUGUAAUCAGGACAGAUCCAUAUGUAAGCCCAGACCCCACUGGUGUUCUUAAAAGUUCUCUCUCUACCCCAGCCAUGGCUCCAUUUCCAUUUGAAAGUGCUGCCACUGCUGGGUUGGCUUCUGCAGCUGCCAAUCAUGCUUCCACUCCUACAGCUGCACCCAGCCCUUUUCUAGAAGGAGCUGUCUCUUUAGCUCCUAAAAGCCACCUGGCCAGAGAGUGCACUUCCACUAGUACAACUUUACCUUUGAUUCCUCCAACCUCUGAGAAUAGCCUUACAACUUUGUCACCCUGGAAUGUUGCUGCUUCUCCAGCUACUGUGGUGAAGUCUGAGCCCCCUCUUCCUCCAGCUGGUCCUCCUCAGGGAGCAAAGACAAGUCCUGGAAUUUCUCCUCCUUCAGGACUGGCGCCUCUGGCUUCCUCUCCUGAAGGACACUCUAGUGAGGACUCUGGUGCAUCUUCCAAAGGCACUUGCUUCGCUGACUCUCCAUCUCCUUUGGGAAAUAGUGUGUCUUCUCAGACUAAAAGACUUCCAGCCAAGAAGGGUUCAACUCCUUCUGAAUCUAAAAGUGUACCUGCUGUCCCCAACACUCUUGCUGGAACUCUCUCAUCCCCUGCUUCUCCAGUGGAAACUUCUGAUCUUCCAGAGACCAAUCUUUCUUUUCAAGUCUCUAAAGGAUCACCAGCCAAGAAGCAGUGUCUCUCUCCAAAAGGGACCCCAGCUACCCCAUCACCCACAGGGAGCCCUGCUCCCCCAGUUACCACCCCUCCACCUCUGAAAGGGGGCCCUGCCCCCCAAACUACUCCCUCUCCCAAAGGAACCCCAGCUGCCCCAUCCCCAAAAGGGGGCCUUGUUCCCCAAACUACUGCUCCUCCCUCUCCCAAAGGAACCCCAGCUGCCCCAUCCCCAAAAGGGGGCCCUGUUCCCCAAACUGCUGCUCCUCCCUCUCCCAAAGGAACCCCAGCUGCCCCAUCCCCAAAAGGGGACCCCAGCUACUACCCCAUCCCCCAAAGGUGCUCCCACUCCCCCAACUGCAGCUCCAUCCUCUCCCAAAGGAACACCCACUCCCUCAUCUGUAGCUCCACCCUCUUCCAAAGGGACCCCAGUUACUCCAUCCCCCAAAGGGAUGCCAGCUACCCCAUCCCCCAAAAGGGGCCCAUCAACCUCAUCCUCUAA